CAAAGGUCCUUUCGCACUGUAGGGUUUAGCGUCUGCGUAUGUCAGCAGUGCGCCUGCGCACCUUAGACGCUCAGAGAAGACGCACUUACUGCUUUGUUUAUGUGACUGGCAGCCUAGUUUCCUACGCUCGGAGAAAUGAACGGGACACCGCCCCCACCGCCUCUGGACCGGGAGGAACACGGGCUGAGGUUAGGAGAGAGCUUCGAGAAGAGGCCGCGCUCCUCCUUCCACACAGUGCGCUAUGAUUUUAAGCCAGCAUCCAUAGACACGUCGUGUGAAGGAGAACUUCAAGUAGGAAAAGGAGAUGAAGUUAAAAUUACUUUGCCUCACAUCCCAGGUUCAACUCCUCCUAUGACUGUAUUCAAAGGAAACAAACGGCCCUACCAGAAGGACUGUGUGCUGAUCAUCAACCAUGACACUGGGGAAUACGUCCUGGAGAAGCUAAGUAGCAGUAUACAAGUGAAGAAAACCAGGGCUGAGGGCAGCAGCAAGAUUCAAGCUCGGAUAGAGCAGCAAUCUGCCAGAUCCUCGCAGCCACCUUCACAGUUUAAAACUCCAUCAAAACCUUCUGCAGGACCUAAGACUUCACCCCUGAAGGAUCAUCCUUCUCCUGAACCUCAGCUGGAUGACAUUAAAAGAGAGCUGAGGGCGGAGGUGGAGAUCAUCGAGCAGAUGAGCAGUAGCAGCGGCAGCAGCUCCUCUGAAUCAGCAAGCUCCUCGGGGAGCGAUGAUGACAGCUCCAGCAGCGGUGGAGAAGAUGACACACACACAUCGCCCUCACAGCAGUACAGCAACAGAGCGCCCAUCUCCAACGGCACCAACAGACCCCAAGGAAGUACUCAACUGAUGAACACACUUAGACAUGACUUACAGCUAAGUGAAUCGGGAAGUGACAGCGAUGACUAAGAAGAAAUCUUUCUCUUGUAUAUAUUUUAUUUGAUUGUGUACAUAGAAGCACUGAUGCCCCCAAAUACUCAAGCCCCACAAUAGUACAAUAAUAUACUGCAAUAGUUAGACUUUCACAAACACAUAUAUAUGCAUGUUUGUGGACACUUGAAUCCUCUGUGCAUUAGACUUAUGUUAAAGGGGUUUUCCUGGAAGAAACUACUCAUGGCUAUCAAUAGUUGAUCGUUGGGGAGUCGGCACCUGUCACCCCCACUGAUCAGCUGUUCGGUGCCCUCACUACACUGAGAACGGAGCCAGAAGCGCAUGGCUCUAUACUCUGUGUAACAACGGCACUGGGUUAUUGCAUCCAACUUUUUCCAGCUCUGUUCUCAGUGUAGUGAGAGUGCCGAACAGCUUAUUCGCAGCAGUGGCAGUUGUCAUCAUCCUGCUAAUUGACUAGUCAUUGCCUGUUCUGUGGAUAAGCCAUCAAUAUCUUAUUUUUUAUUUUUUUUGCUAGAAAACCUCUUUAAAGGGGUAUUCCGCCCUAGACAUCUUAUCCCCUAUCCAAAGGAUAUCAGAUAAGAUGUCUGAUCGCUGGGGUCCCUGCUGCACCCGACGUCGGGUGCAGUGCCAAAGGCUUGUGACGUCACGGCCAUGCUAGCUCACUGCAAGUCUAUGGAAGGGGGCGUGACUCUGGGGAACCCCGUUACGGUCAAGCCCCCUCAAUGCAAGUCUACGGGAGGGGGCGUGACGCAGUCACGCCCUCUCCCAUAGACUUGCAUUAAGGGGGCUUGACCGUGACAUCACGAGCGGGGUGUGACGUCAUCUGGCAUGGAGCGAAGUUCACUCUGUGCACUGGAUGUCUGGGGUGCCGCAGCCCAGAGGCAGAUGUCUAGGGGCCGAGUACCUCUUUAAUGUUAGCGUAUCAUCACUUGUUAUGGUAACAACAGAAAGUUGAUGAACCCUUAGAUUCUUUGGAGACCAUUGACAUCAGUCUUUAAACAGUGGGUAAAAUCCUCCUCCUCUUUCCAUCAUAUUCUUAUAUAUAAGGAUAAAACUAGGGUUUAAUAUUUAUUCAUGUAUGGUAAAGUUGUUUUAGCUCCGUCUAUGUAUAUAUGCAUUGACAAAGUGAAUCUCCUUUUUAAAUAUACUAGGAUUUUUCAUGUUGUGGUACAUGUGAUAAAUCAGUAGUUAAGGAAGCAGUACCUUUUUACUAAGGUUUUGUUCUUUUCAGAUGCUGUCACAAGUUUUCAUAUGGGACAAUGUCAUAUAUUCCCACAUCCAAGUCAAGCGGUGGACUAGCAUUCUGAGGCUUCAAUCUAUAUAAAACCUGCCGAUUUGGUAAAAAGGGUUUCACUUAUAACAGUGUUCCCUUAUCGGCGGCUCUCCAUGAUAGGAGUUGUAGUGCCACAACAGCUGAAAAGCCACUGCUUAGGGAACACUAACCUAACAGGGCUAUAGGGGGGUAUUUAUCAAAGGAUUUAUGUGGUUUUUUUCACGUAACUUUGGCGCAAUACUUUGGCGCAGUGUCUUUUUGCGCCAAAGUUUGGCGCAUCUUCUCCACUAUCAUUUUUACAACUUUCUCAAAAUCACACGGUCCUAUGUGUGAUUUUAACUUUAGUCAAUAAUUCAUCAUUUGUGCCAAUCGAUCUUUGGUGCAAUUUUGGCGCAAAUCCUGCUUUUUUGGCGCAAAUCCCCGCGAAGAAAUUUUGCACAUGGAAAACACACCUAGCAAUGUCAGAAAAUGUAAAGGUGUAAAAAUACAUUAAAAUUUUUUUUUUUGUGAAAGCAGCGACGCCUCCAGGGCUGCGCAAUACUAUUCUGCGACAUAGUUGUCUCUGAGGGACCUUCACCCUCCGUUGAGCCAGCAUUGGACAUGGCCUCACAGGUUCAGGAAAGGUAAGCACUAAAGCAGUGGUCUCCAACCUGCGGACCUCCAGAUGUUGCAAAACUACAACUCCCAGCAUGCCCGGACAGCCAACGGCUGUCCGGGCAUGCUGGGAAUUGUAGUUUUGCAACAUCUGGAGGUCCGCAGGUUGAAGACCACUGCACUAAAGUAACAAAAAAACAAAAACUACCCAAGUUGAAAAUAAAAUCCAUUUCACAUGGUGGCUGUAAACCCCACAAAAGAAAAUAACUCAUGUCGCUUGCUGAUAUACUGCAGGAGGGACUCCGAAAUGACUGCUCUACAGGGUAAAAUACGCUGUCCUCUGUGGUGGUAAGUUACUAACAACUUGCACCAAAUGAUAAAUGUGGUGCAUGUCCACGAAAACCAAAGUGAAAAAAAAAAGGGUAAAAAGAAACUGUCAACAGACAAAAUUGAUAAAUACCCCCCAAUGACCUUAAAUGGGUGAUGUCAGCUAAGAUACUCUUGUGUGGGACUCCCCUCUAUGGCGGGCGUAUGCACUAAUAGGGCAUAUGACCAGGAUUUUUCUUUAUGAACUCUUAAGUCUUUGUAGUAACCUUCCAGUUACAUUUCUCAUCCUCAUAACAUCAGAGGCUUGGAAUGGAGCCAUGUGCAUGAAAGGAUGCUUUACCUUAUGCUGCAGAUUUCCUGUUCAGCAUGAAAAACAUAUGACAUGUAUGGUGUUAACAAUAGCUUACGUGCACAUCAGUUACAAUGUAAAACAUUGUGAGUCAAGUAUGAUAAUGUGAGGCUAAGAAUAUAUUAUUCAUGUCAUCCAAACUACAUUUAAUGAAUUGAACAUUGGACUUUCUCCAUUCACAAGCCACUCUGUGAUGGCCCCAGAUUUUUUUCUAGUAGAAUAUGCUCCUGUAUGCUUUCUUCUAGGCACUUUUUGCUUUUGAUGGGUAGCUGCAUGAGUGUAUUGAAAGUAAAGAGAAGGUAUGAUAAUGGAGAGAGAUCUGGUGUGGUCAUGUAAAGUUCUGCAAUAUGUGGUAGUUUGUGGCAAUGUGCCAGAGUAGGUCAAAUGGAUCAGCCUGGUUUCCUGGGUGUUCAGCUCGUAGAGGAUACUUUAGACCUCUCCCGUUCAUACUAGAAAUUCUGUGUAGAUUCCCGGUGCAGCAGCCUCCCAUUAAUUUCAGGGGAGUUAAGCUGGGCAGUUCACACAUUGGAAGUUCCAUUGCAGAAUGUCCGAUGAGGAAUUGGAUUCCUGCGAAAGAUUAAACAUGUUCAGAAUCUGGGACAGAAUUAAAGCAAGUCCACCGCUCCAUCACAGUCCUAAACCCAGGGCACUGUUAGAAAGCGCUGUGGGGUUGCUGGCAAGCUCACUCUGCAGCUCCCUGUCACCUUGAGCUACUGCUUGUCUUUGGCACUGUCAUACAUUGCUGUGGGAGUUUGCCCCACCCCCGCAGGCAUGGAAUACCUAUCCCAUCACAGCCCUGAGCCCUCGGCACUGACAGAAAUUGGCAUUUUAAAUCUCCUGCUUCCACAGCCGUCUAUCCGGCACAGCCGCUGAUCAUCUCUGGCCUGUCGUGCAAGCACUGCGGACAUCACAGCACUAUCUCCUUACUGAAUGUGUGAAUGAGCCCUUAAACCGAGAUCAUGGAAAUAUAUGGAUAACACAGUUGCAGAACUUUUCAUCGUGAACAUUUUCCAUAUAAUGGGAUUGAAUGAAGUGAACUGGUACUAUGCUGAUUGAUGUAUUUCUUUAAAAUAAAGGCAUUCCCUUAAUUAAUUUUUAUGUCACAUGUGUUAGAAAUGUCUGUAGGGUCUGACCUUUGACACCCCCGCUUAUCCUGAAACAGUGCCUGUUACCAUUGUCAAUGAGACAAUUCUUGCACUCUUUUUGAGAUACAGAAAAUAAAGAGAUUACAGACGCUUAGAUAGCAAGCCUUCUGAAAUAGGGGGGUUGGACACCUCAGGUUUGACCCUUAUAAUCAGACAUUUAUGACAUAUCAAAUUAUAUGUUCAUUAAGGGAAAUUCCCUUUUAAGUUCCCUAUUUUAUUUUUUUAGAACAUGGAAAUAUAUUUUAUAUAGAGAAUUUUGUUAAUGUGUAAAAUACAGUAAAUCCUGUAUCCUUUAUUUUACCUGUAUACAUAACAUAUAUUUUACUAUUUAUUUUUAGCGUUACUAUAUUGCUUAUAUGCAAGUAUGUGAGAUCAACAUAAUUAAAGUGCAUUUUAUAUGCCUGAUAAAGAAGAU